AUGGCGGAAAAGAGAGCAUUUGAAUGCUUUGGCAGACUACCAGAGUAUCUGCGAACCAAGAUAUACGAGUAUGCUUGUUCUGUUUCCAGAAUUGUCGACGUCCAAGAAAUUUUUCUCAACCCAGAUUUUCCAUCUUACUAUCCACCAUACAUAGCUACACACUUCAGAGGCGGUCGAGAAUGUGCUGUCAUUUCAGAAACGCGUCCACCAGCAAUCCUCAAUGUUUCGAAAGAAGCUCGAGCAUAUACUUUGACAAAGUAUACUGCUAUAGACGAAAAGAUCCUGUCCAAGAAGGGCGAUGAAGAAGUCAACAAGAGUCCUGUGUAUGUUAACUCGGAUGUCGAUAUCGUGUAUCGUGGCAAGGGCCCAUGCAGUACAUCACACGCUUUCGCUAUGAAACACGAAUGUUUAGAGGAUUUUCUGGUACCAGUGGCUUUUAGCAAAGUGUUAGCUGUGGAUAUCUACGGCAUUAUUCCUCAUGACAUGGCUUGGUUAGAAAGAUUUUACAGAAAGCGAGGAUAUGAUGAGAAAACGGCCAAAUUAAUGCCGGAGUUGGAGUAUUAUGAAGAACGGGGUUGGGAGAUUGCGUAUUUAGCACGAAAAGGUGUCACCGAAAUUAUCAUCAUACUCGACAACGAUGACAAUAUGACGGACUUCGAGCUGUGUGAUUUACAAUCUAAUGAGCAGAGUUGGACACCUCGAGAAAAAGGGGCAUAUCUAGAGCUUGAGAGGCUAAAACGCCAGAUCCAUUGUGCCUGGUCCGGCUUUGAGGAUGAAGAUCCUGAGUUAAUUGAGGGCUUGAGCAUUCCUAAGAUUACGGUUGGUCUCGAAUAUCAACUCGCUGUCUCAACUCGCUGA